CGAAGAAAAUUGUGGAAGUAUAGCAUCAAAAAAAAGAAAAUAAAUAAAAAUGAAUUAUCCAGUCUUGUUGAGUUUGAGUUUGUUUUUUUUCACAGCAUAUGGUAUCCCAGCCGAUAACCAAAAAGAAGAACCAGAUGGUAUCCCAGCCGAUAACCAAAAUGAUAAACCAUGUGACAUUCACGGCGAAGACCAAAAUGAAGAACGCGAUAAUUUAAACGAAGAACCUUGUGAUAUUCAAGGCGAUGACCGAAUUGCAGAUCAGACAUGUUCCGUCUGUUGGGAUAAUAAUCCAGAUACAUCAAUAGGAGUAUGUACACAUAAAUUUUGCAAAGGUUGUAUAGAUACUUGGAAAUUUGAUAAGAUAAGCUAUCGUUGUCCUUUAUGCAAUUAUGUAUACGAUAACCCUGACUUUGAAGAAGAUGUCAAUAUCAUUAAUCAUAACCUAAUUGGUGAAAUGCUCCAGAAUUUUGAUUAUAUCGUUAGGAAUUCAGAUUAUUAUAAUUUGGAUCACAAUAGGACUUUUCAAGAAACAAUUAAUGAAUUGGUCGAAGAAUUGAAUUUGAUCAAUACGACUUCAGAUAAUACUGGAACAUCCAUUAUGCCAUUUGAAGUAACUAACGAUUUAAAUAUCUUGGCCGAAAAUAUGAGAAUUAUCAAUAGGACUUCACCUUAUAAUGCUAAUGACUUCAGUGAAGUUAUAAGAAUUAUCCAUGCGUUUCCAUAUAAUAGUGAUGACAAUUCUCGAGUUUUGAUUAAUACCUUGGCCGAAGCUAUGAGAAAUAUCAAUAGGACUUCAUAAAAUACUGAUGACAAUACGGCUCUUCAAGAAAGAAGUAUGUGAAGAUUAGAAAAUACAAUCCAAAUGGAAAAUUCUAAUAAAAUGUAAUAAUUAUUCUAAAAAAUCAUUAUUUUGUAAUACUUAUUUGAAAAUAAAAUUAUUUUCAACCUCUUUAAAAUUUUUCUAAAAUAAUUAUUUAUUAAAAAUAUUGUAAAAUUAUUUAUUUAAUGAAAA